GGCUGGGUGUCGCCUGACCGGAUGAUGACAGAAGUUUUCAGUCUAAUGUGGCGACUUUUAUCAUGCGAUCACACAUUUAAGACUCUUGCGAGUUUACUAAAGGCUGGUGGGACUUCUGACUCUUAGCUCUCUCGUGUCGUACUGAAAUAAACUCCCCGAGCCUGUGACAGACUGCACUGCCAUUCGGGAACUUUUGGUUUGCUGGACAAGAGACCCCCUUGGCUCCUGUUUGACCGUGGAGGAGAGCAGAAUAAAGCCCACUGAGCUGACCGAGCUGCAGCUAUGGGAAACCGGGGAAUGGAAGACUUGAUUCCCCUCAUCAACAAGCUCCAAGACGCCUUCAGCUCUAUCGGCCAGACCUGCAACUUGGACCUGCCUCAGAUAGCGGUCGUCGGCGGUCAGAGUGCAGGGAAGAGCUCCGUGUUGGAGAAUUUCGUUGGGAGGGACUUUUUGCCCAGAGGAUCUGGCAUCGUCACCCGUCGCCCUCUCAUCCUCCAGCUGGUUAACAGUAAAGCAGAGUAUGCAGAGUUCUUGCACUGUAAAGGAAGGAAGUUUGUGGACUUUGAUGAGGUCCGCCAGGAGAUCGAAGCGGAAACAGACCGUCUCACUGGAUCCAACAAAGGCAUCUCCCCUAUCCCCAUCAACCUCCGUGUCUACUCCCCUAAUGUGCUGAACCUGACCCUGAUUGACCUACCGGGGAUGACUAAAGUGCCUGUCGGUGACCAACCCCAGGACAUUGAGCAUCAGAUCAGAGACAUGUUGCUACAGUUCAUCACUAAGGAGAGUUGUCUGAUCCUGGCUGUUACCCCUGCAAACACAGACCUGGCCAACUCAGAUGCCCUCAAGAUAGCAAAGGAGGUGGACCCUCAGGGGCUACGGACCAUUGGUGUGAUCACAAAGUUGGACUUGAUGGACGAGGGGACAGAUGCACGAGACAUCCUGGAAAACAAACUUCUGCCGCUCCGCAGAGGCUAUAUUGGUGUGGUGAACCGCAGUCAAAAGGACAUUGAUGGGAAGAAAGACAUCCGUGCCGCUUUAGCCGCUGAAAGGAAGUUCUUCCUGUCUCAUCCUGCAUACAGGCACAUUGCAGAACGCAUGGGUACACCACACCUCCAGAAGUCCCUCAAUCAACAACUCACCAACCACAUCCGCGACACGUUGCCAGGGUUACGCAGUAAACUCCAAAGCCAGCUGCUAUCACUGGAGAAGGAGGUGGAGGAAUACAAAAACUUCCGUCCUGACGACCCGGCACGCAAGACAAAGGCGUUACUUCAGAUGGUGCAGCAGUUUGGUGUGGACUUUGAGAAGUGUAUAGAAGGGUCUGGAGAUCAAGUGGAUACUUCCAACUUGUCUGGUGGAGCGAAGAUUAACCGUAUCUUUCAUGAGCGGUUUCCCUUUGAACUAGUGAAGAUGGAGUUUGAUGAGAAGGAGCUGAGGAAAGAGAUCAGCUAUGCCAUCAAGAACAUCCAUGGAGUCAGGACAGGCCUGUUCACCCCAGACUUGGCGUUUGAAGCUAUAGUGAAAAAGCAGAUCAUUAAGCUGAAAGAUCCCUGUCUGAAAUGUGUUGACCUGGUCGUCGUCGAGCUUGUCACCCUGAUCAGGAAGUGCACUGAAAAGCUGACCUCGUACCCCCGACUGAGAGAGGAGACCGAGCGGAUUGUCACCACUUAUAUCAGAGAGAGAGACAGCAAAACCAAAGACCAGGUGCUGCUGUUGAUUGACAUUGAGCUGUCCUACAUAAACACUAACCAUGAGGACUUUAUUGGAUUUGCCAACGCCCAGCAAAGGACUGCAGCUAAUGCCACCAAGAAGCGAGCCAUGCCCAAUCAGGUCAUCCGCAGAGGUUGGCUCACCAUCAACAUCAGCAUUAUGAAAGGGGGAUCCAAGGAAUACUGGUUUGUCCUGACUGCCGAGUCUCUGUCCUGGUACAAAGACGAAGAGGAAAAGGAAAAGAAGUAUAUGCUGCCUCUUGACAACCUGAAGCUGAGAGAUUUGGAAAAGGGCUUCAUGUCCAGCAAGCACGUCUUUGCCAUCUUCAAUACUGAACAGAGGAAUGUGUACAAAGACCUGCGUCAGAUUGAACUGGCAUGUGACACUCAGGAGGAUGUUGACAGCUGGAAGGCUUCCUUCCUGAGAGCUGGUGUUUACCCAGAAAAGGACCAGACUGAGAAUGAAGAUGCGAUUAAUUCUAGCGACACCGUGUCCAUGGACCCGCAGCUGGAGCGACAGGUGGAGACUAUCCGCAACCUUGUGGACUCAUACAUCAGCAUUGUCAACAAGUCCAUCAGAGAUCUCAUGCCCAAGACCAUCAUGCAUCUCAUGAUCAACAGCGCCAAGGACUUCAUCCACUCAGAGCUGCUUGCCUACCUGUACUCUGCAGGGGACCAGGGCAGCUUGAUGGAGGAGUCAGCAGAGCAGGCUCAGAGGAGAGAUGAGAUGCUGAGGAUGUACCACGCUCUGAAAGAAGCUCUGGUCAUCAUCGGAGACAUCAGCACCACCACGAUUUCUACUCCAGUCCCGCCACCCGUCGACGAUACCUGGAUUGCCAAAGAGCCAAGUCCUCCAGCAUCCCGUCCUGGCACCGCAUCAGGGGCCCCUCCCAGCCGACCCCCAGGGGUGAGGGGGGCCACUCCAGGUCCUCCAUCUGCUGUCAACCCAUCACCAGCAUUUGGACCUCCCGUGCCUUCCCGGCCUCCAGGCGAUCCCAACUCUGUUCCUCUAGUCCCAUCAAGGCCGGCCCGUGUGCCUCCAGCGCUGCCACCGGGCGUUCCUAGCAGAAGACCACCGGCUGCUCCCAACCGACCUACUAUCAUACGUCCUUCAGAGCCCUCGCUUCUUGAUUAGAAACCUUUUUUUUAUCUGGUCUUAAAGACUUUGUUUACACUUAUAUAUUUCUUUUAAGCAGAAAUAGUCACUAAUUUUUUUCCUGUAACUUUAGACUACUGUUAAGUAGUAAUCUGAUGCUGUUUCAGUCUGUGCAUUUCAGAAGCAUAUUGUAUGUAAUUGUGAGAUUUUUUUUAACAAGUACAUAAUGACAUUUCCUGCAUUUAGUAUUAUGAAAGGGGAUAAAUUUGAUGACUUUAAUGGCUCAAAAGUGUGGAACCAGCAAGUCAGGCUGAAUUUUUCAUUGUGCAUUUAAAUUGAAAUGUGUCUUACAACAAUACAAUUUAUAACUUUUUGUAUUAUGUGUACUUGCUAAUAUUUUGUCAGCAAUUUUACACACUAUUCACCUCAAUAAGUAAAACCGCACUUUUCUCUCAAUUUUUCUCAGCUUCAAACAGGCUUAUACAAAUUAGAGUGACCAGUAUUUUAUAUGCUUGAUAAUUUUGACUAAUUAAGUUUUUAUGGGUAAGGUUUUACCAUUUCUGUUUUAAAGACCAAGUAAACAAGAGACAGAAGAGGGGAAAAACCCACUGCUGCUGGAGCAGUGGGUUUUUUUCUGGUUUAACAACAAUAAAUAUACAGUAGUUGAGGUAAGAGUGAACUUACCCAGUCAAACACCCAGUCUGACAAUUACCUCCCACAACUGUUCAUCCUCAUUAGUGCCUACAGUAAAGAAAGAAAUUAUAAUUACUUAAAAAAAAAUCUAAGCCAUAAUGGAAAAAAAUGUAAGGAAGACGUUCUUCUU